CGAAAAUGACCACAGGAAGAUUCUUCAAAGAAGUAGAACUACCUGAGCAAAAACAUUAUGAUAACGGGGUUCUCUUCCCUGCAGUGUUAGCACCAAACACUAACACUGAAGAAGCAAAUUUGUGUGCCUUUGAACAUGCUAUCAGAGCGGAAAAGUCGUGGCUGGAAUCUAACCUACAGCGAAGAGGCGUUAUUCUUUUCCGAGGCUUCCAUGUUACCUCUCCUUCCGACUUCAAUCGUGUUGUCGAAGCUUUUGGCUACCCUGAACUCGUCUACGCGGGUGGCCGAGCAACUCGAACCAAAGUCGUUGGCCGGGUUUACACCGCCAAUGAAAGUCCCCCCGAGAUGAAAAUUCCAUUCCAUCACGAGAUGUCUUACCUUCCUGACUUCCCAUCGAAGUUAUUUUUCUUCUGUGAAGAAGAACCGGAAAGCGGGGGAGAAACGCCUGUAGUUUUGAGUCAUAUCGUGUAUGAACGAAUGAAAGAAAAACAACCCGAGUUCGUUGCUAAAGUGGAGAAGCAUGGGUUAAAAUUUAUAAUUGUAACGGGAGAUGACGACCAAUCAUCAUCCAUCGGUGGCAGAGGUUGGAAGUCUACAUACAUGACUGUGGACAAGAAAGUUGCUAAUGAAAGGGCCGAAAAGCUGGGAACAAAGUUGGAAUGGAUGGAGAAUGGAGUAAGAAUAAUAACAGGACCAGUGUCGGCUAUCGGAUUCAACAAGGAAACGGGACAAAAAACUUGGUUCAAUAACCUUGCGACAUGUAACACGGGUCCAACAACAAAAGUUAAAAUAGUAGAGCGUGACGCAUAUGUUGAGUUGGGGAAUGGUGAUCUUGUGCCUGACGAUGCGUUCAAAGACUUGUUGAAAAUCAUGGAAAAAGAGUGUGUUGCAAUACCUUGGAAGAAAGGCGAUGUUGUGCUAAUUAAUAAUUUGACAGUCCUUCAUGGUCGACGACCAGUACUAAAGCCGCCUCGCCGCAUACUGGCGUCCCUUUGCAAGUGAUGGUCAGAAACUAGAAGUAUGAAAUGCCAAAGAUUGUCUUUAAAAUGUGAACCUGGAAAAUAGUAUAAUUAUGCCUUUAAACUACAACAAUGUUGUUUAGUAACAUGGUAAAUGGAUACACUUGAUUGAUCUUUGAACUGUUUGAAUGGGUAUUCAGAUUCUUUGAACUAAAA